CAGGUUUUACAAAUAUACCACUGCUCAUCCAGAAGAACUGAUUGUUACAGUCUCCUCUACAAAAAUCUUCAUUAAAGAACUUGCAGAAGAAGGAAUAAUGGAUGAAAAAGUACUUGCUGACAGUAUAGAACAGCUGUGUCUCUGCAGCGCUAACGAACCUCAAGCCGUUCCAACUGAUAAAAAUGCCGAAGAUGAAGUAAAAGUUGAGGUUAAUAAAGAAAAUCCCAGUCCUUCCUUCUCUAAGGACUGGCUACCACCAGAAUUACUAGAUAAAGAAUUUACUGCAUUACCAACGUACAUAGACGAUAAGGGUAUAAUAUACUUAUAUGACAUCAAUCUCGAACAUAUACGGGAAUUUAUACGCAAAGCAUUAACUGUAAAGUUUCGUGUGAAUUUUGAAGAACCUGACCCAAAAACAAUGUCUACAAAAUGGAGUGUGGGGCAGCCAUGCACAGUAAUACUACAAAUUCCGUAUCGGUGCUAUAGAGGACGAGUCCUUGAAGUUAAUCAAGAAAGCGAAACAUGCGUCGUUCAUUUCAUAGACUAUGGGUAUGUAGAAACGUGCCCCUUUGCAAAUUUAAGAAAAGCUGUUCCUCUCCGCCGCAUCCCACCGUACUCACUUAGAUAUGACACGGACCCACAGCGGCGGGCGCUGAUCAAGGAGAAGACAAACAAAUACCUCUCGUACGCCGAGGAAAUCUACAAGAACCAUCUCUGUGAUACUGAACAAACACUACUACCGGAACGCGACGAGCCGCUCCGUCCCCUUCACUGUCCGAUCCCGCUGUCGAUGCUACGGCGGCCGUACGAGGAACUAGCGCUGUACAGAGUACUUGACAUACUCGGCUCCAGCAUCAUGCUCGUACUACACCGGACUGAACAGGCCUACUAUGCCAUGAAGGUGAUCCAAAAAAUACCGAACAAUCUAACAGAAUUUGACGAAUUCUUCCUUCAACGGACGAACGAGACUCGACAGCCAGUCUUACCAACAGUGAUACCAUACAUGGUGCCUUUACAAGCGUACAUAGAAACAAACAACUUAAUAUUUCUAAUACUAUCCUACGCCCCGGGAAAGAAACUAUUCGAAUACAUCAAGAACUACUCAAAAUCCUUACCCACGACACCGGCUAGAGAAGUCAACUUAGAAAAUGUCUUCACGGAACCAAAAAACAAGAAUUUUGAGAAAAAUGACAACAAUUGUGACAUUGAAGAGGCAACGAAUAACAAUAAGGAGUUGUCUGUCAACGAGUUGGUGUUGAAUUCUCAGAAACUGCUGUUAAAUGUUGAUAAAGUCCUGUGUGAGUCAUCGGCUGAGGUAACGACCAGUGAAGGCGAUUGUAAGGUUGAUAACGCUUGUGAUACUACUCCUAGCAUUAAAAGGUCUCCGUGCGGCGGGCGCGAGCUGCCCGCGUCGGCGGUGUGUCGGUGGGCGGCCGAGAUACUCACCGCGCUACACUGUCUGCACAAUGCCGGCGUUAUAUGCAGAGACCUGAACCCCUCAAACAUUCUCCUAGGCGACCGUGGCCAGGUUAUCCUGACCUACUUCCAGUACUACCCGGGCUCGGACAUGCGGGUCUCAGUACUCCGGCCGGGAUCCACGCCGCGCCCACAUAUAGCGCCUGAGAUAUAUACCAACACGUUGGAUGAGACGCCCGACUUGGACCAUGUUUGUGAUUACUGGAGCUUCGGAGCUGUGCUGUAUGAGCUCGUUUGUGGGAUCCCGCUGUCCCAUUACCACGGCAGUUUGUUCACGUCGCACACCAUCCUGCAGCUACCUGACGGACUACCGCUGGAGACGCAGUCCAUACUCACACAGCUCCUGACCUACGAGCCGUCAGAACGCCUGGGCGCGGGCAAAGACGGCGUCGAGGAGAUCAAACGUCAUCCAUUCUUCAAACACAUAGACUGGCAACAUGUCUACGACAGCUGGGCGGCGCCCGACUGACGGGGAACUGUUAGUUAGUGGGUGUGUAGUGGACUAAAUACGGGCAAAAACCAUUUCAAAAUCAAAGUCAAAGCAUUUAUUUAAAUUAAUCCUCAAAUAGGUACUUUUCAAACGUUUAAAUUGAAUUCUAUUUCCGUCUGCCUGUCAGUGAAGCUAGGCGCUCGAUCCUAAGUGUAGUUAUGAAUGGAGAAGUACGAGCAAGAAACUAUCGUUACUUUUACUUCAGAAGCAUAUAGUUUCGUACCCUUACUUAUCUUGUUCCAGACUGUUCAGUAGCUUUUAUGUUAGAUGCUAUUACAUAUAAGUGUCGUGAUUUUUUUACAUUGUGAUUACUAGAGAUGCACUGAAUAUUCGGUCACUAUCCGGUAUCCGGCUUAUCCAGCCGUUAUUUACUAUUUGGCUGGAAACCGUAUGGUAAUGUACUAUCCGACCGAAUACCAGAUAGUAUACUUGGUAGAUUUUAUAAAUGAAAUAUAAAUAGAGACACAGUUGUAAUUGAAUCUUUUUUAUUAUUUUAAACAAUUUUAA